AGCUGGGCUGGGAAGAACAGGUACAUUAAUUGGCUGUUACAUGAUGAAACACUACCGAUUCACAGCAGCAGAAGCAAUAGCAUGGUUGCGCAUUUGCCGACCUGGUUCUGUCAUUGGUCCCCAACAACAUUUUAUGGAAGACAAACAAGCUGGUAUGUGGGUACAAGGUGAUAUUUAUCGUAAGAAAGCAAGAGAAGGACGUGCAGUGAAUCGGCAGAGUGUAUCACAGAUCUUGACUGCAGUAGAUGACAUUAGUAUCAAUGAUUCAGACAAGACAGACAAAGUAAGUGUGACAUACACAA